GUGAAAUAACAUCCAUGACUCCCGCCCGGCAAACCCGCCUGCUUCCCUCCUGACUUCUCUCUCUUUUUUUCUCUACCCACCAACAUCGCAACAUCAAACAUCAGGCGCGCCAAGUGACAGACACGAUCGAAGCUACUCCAAAGCUGGAGCAACUUCCUCUCGUCUGGUAUUCAGUCAUCCCUUCCCGUCCACACUGGUCCAGUCCGUUUAUACCCAUUUGCCGCCGAUUGUUUGCCCUCUGCGCACAACGCAAACGAGACCAACUACCCAAAAACGAGCCUUGUUAUAUCGCGUCGUGCUUCUCUCAAGACCGCUGAGAACUGCUUCUUGUCGAGGUACACCUAACACCUACUACAUCCACCAAUAAUUACUCGGACGUGGCCGCCGCAAGGACUCGAUCCCCGUCACCAUAUCCUCCACCUUUCGCCGUAUCCCUUCUUUGAUCACCACCAUCAACGCAAUGUCUGGCGUAAUACACAACAACGCGGCUACUGCCCCUCAAGGUUUCUCCAUCUCGCAGCCCUUCCUCGGCGCUGCUUUGCAGUUCUACCCUGAGAUGGGUACCCAGCAACUCGACGACCUCAUCCACGCCUACGUCUCUGGCUCUGCCUCCAUCCUGGAGAAGCGUGCCACUGUUUCCAUGGACUUCUUUGCCUACUCACAGCUCACCGGAGAGACCUUCAAGUACUAUGCUGUCGCUGGCCAGUCCUUGAGUUCCACAACCUCGUCCGUCGAGUCCAGCCCCAUGCAGGACUCUAGCUACAGCUCCAACUUCGUAUCCCCCGUCAUCUCCGACUGGAGCUGGUCGCAGUCGACGCCCAGCUCGGCUUCCGUCUCAACCCCAGCGUCAGUGACCCACGAGACAACGCUUCCAAAGUCCUCGAAGAAGGCCGGUUCGUCGGCGGCGAAGUGUCAGGCCAGCGACUUCUCCCACCUCCCCGGCAUGAAGAUCAUGACCAAGGAUGGUCGGGAUGUCACGAAAUCAGCCUCCCGCGGUUGUAAGACCAAGGAGCAGCGCGACCACGCUCAUCUGAUGCGCAUUAUCAAGGCUUGCGAUGCCUGCAAGAAGAAAAAGGUCCGCUGUGACCCCAGCCAUAAGAAGCGCACAGCUGCUCAAUCUCAGGGUACCAGUACUGGUCCCGCUCCGAUGCGCAUGGCAAAGAAGGUCAAAACUUCUGCGAAGAAUACACGUGCAGUUGCCGAAAGGUCACCGCACCAGAACGCAACAUCUGCAGAACCAUCAUUAUUUCCAGAACUAUCCUCUGCUGGUCUUGAUAUUCCAGACAUGUCAGUCGACCUUCUAGAGUCUUGGGAGUCUUUUGUUCGGUUCGACGACGAAUCUGUCGAUGCUGGCGGUCCCUUCCUCUACGACUUCUUCUCCGACCCAGCGGGCCAUCUCACAUCUGAGUCGAGUCAAUCCUCCGCCGUGCCCUCGGCGGUAUUCGCCCAGUCGCAGGGUGGACUUGAUGCGCUGCAGAUCCCGAGCAUCAGCAAGCCAUUCCCCGAUGAACCUGCAGUUUGCUCGCCUACCCUCCCGUACCUGGACUCCGCUGCACCCGCGAACAACUACGUGGACUUCAACCUCUACUCGCCCGAGCCAAGCUUCCUGGAUGAUGAUAUGGAACUGCUUACCGACAUUCGCCCUGCCAUCCGCAGGAACCAGGGCACUCCUUCGCCGCACAGCGGCCUGGCCCAAAGCGGCCAGUCGCUGUCCUCACCACAAGUUGAUCGUGAUCGUUCACCAGCAGCAUUGGAUGAUCAGCGGUCAGCUGACUACGGGGCGACCUCCAACGAAAGAUCUUUAGGAGAAUCCAACUUCGAAGAUCAUCGCUGUCGCUCGGACCCACGUGGCGAUAUCCGUCCAGCUUCAUCAACCCUCUUCGAAGGGUUGGAAAACACGAAUCCAUUCCCUAUGGAACAGAACGUCUCACCGAGCGAGUCGGUGUCUCAAUGGGUUGUUUCCAACAGCCUCUCAGCCGCCCAAUCAGUUCAUUCAUCACACGUAACGGAUGGAGACCUUCAACCAACUCAAGUUCCACUGCCACACGUCAAAUCUCCGUCUAUUAGUGUGCUACGACAAGUAGGAGAAGGAAAUGCGAUCGCUGGCAGAGCUACUGGUCGCAUACCGUCAUCCUUGGGAAUCGUGCUCUCACACUUCCCGAGCUCGCCCGAGGAGACUGCUUGUUACAUGCAGGCUACAAUCACAACAUUCAGCCGCGACGAUCCAGGGGCAGUCGACAGCGGAACGAUUGCCACUUCAUCGGAUACCCAUCUCCAGGUGUCAGCGUCAAGGCUUUCGGGAAGUCGUGCCUCUUCUGCACCGCUCAGUUCUAAGCCCUCCGGUUCCCAGGUCUUCGGACUAAGCGGGACGCAGCCACUAGCAACAAUGGAAACGGGCAACGACUUCGCCUGGAAGCGGCGCCCCCGUGUCGACGACUUGUCCAACUUGCAGCUUCUCAUCCAUACAGCGCUCCUUGUAGCAACGUUUGGUAUGGUCGUUACUUGGCAUGAGGCGCAGUCAUUUGUCAGCGGGGUUUUCCAAAUCGCCUUUGGUCUGGCCAUGUACCAUGCCUACCAAUUCAUCUUGAGUCAAUAUGACUCGGGACCGCAACAGAGUCUUCUCAGUACCACGCCGAAGCCGCAGGGCUUCAGCAAUGGCGCGAGGCUACUCUCCUGUGUCAGCAUGAGACUGCGACAUACCUGUCGUCAGAACCAGGACGUUCAUUGCCGAAUUACACCGGCACGGACGUCUAGGAUUCUGAGCCUCGCGCAAGCGUUCUCGUGAGCUCUUACGUCGACCUGCGGCCCGGACUUGGUGGUCUUGGCCUGUAUGGAUAGGGAAAUAUGCCGUGGUUUUCUUUGCUGAUGUUUCUGGAGCGUUGGUUUCUGAGAUACCCCUCUGUUUUUUGAUGAGACGCGUAAUUCUCAUAUAGGGAAGCGUGUCGGCUAUAUCAUCGGGCAAGAUGGUGUAUUGACUGCCCAAGCAGGUUCAAUACAGGAAGAAGGAUAUUAAGACUGCCUAUUAGUCCAGCCUACUUUUAGUGUUGCUCUUGAACCGCUUACAAUACACUGCCUUGCUCUCAUAUCCGCAAAAUCACGCUGUCGGUGUGCCAUACCCGUUUGAAGAAACAAUAUUGAUUGCUUCAGGAUCCUUGGAUGUUUCUUUGAGUUUCAUGUCUCGAGUGACGAGUAUUGAGGUUUAUCU